CGGGCUGGUCGCGGGUCCCGCCGCGCUCGGGAGCCCUGAAGCGGCUCUGCUGCUUCCCAGCAGGACCGGCCUGUACGGGGCUGCUCCCAGGCUCCGCUCCGCCGGGCGCGGUGCUUGUCGCCUCAGGGCAGCGGCGCCGCUGGCCGCCUCGCGAAGGAGGAGCCGCCGUUGCCCCGCGCCCGCCGACCCUCGCCUGGGAGCCUGCCAGGCUUAAGUAGCCAAAGAUGAGUCGUGGAUUUUCAGAAAACAAUAACUUUCCUUACGACAACAACCAAAUGGUUUUGGAUAUGAUCCUGUGUUCCCUAAUCGGUGUUCCUCAGCCUAUCAACUGGGACAGCGUGGCAAGGCUAGUUCCAGGAUACACAUCCAAAGAGUGUGCAAAAAGGUUUGAUGAACUGAAAAGCAGUGGAAGUUCACCCGUUGACAACCAGUAUAAUCCGCUGAUGGCUGCUGGUGCGAGUCCUGUGGAAACUUUAGCUACGUACAUCAAAUCCUCCUUGCUCGAUACACAGGCAGAGUUUCAGGAGCCUGCUAUUGGACAGGAUUCCAUUACUAUAACUGGAAGGCCCAGCACAACCUCCCCAAGGAAUUGUUCUACAGAAUCUGAGAAAGAUCCCAUACCAAAAGGUGGAGAAAGCACUGAUGAAAGCCAAGGGCCAAAUAUGGUGAUCCAUGUGUGUGAUGAAGCAAAAAACCUCAAAGAAGAUUUUGUGUGCCCUCGAGACCUUUUGGUUUCAGAAAUGAAAUACUUUGCUGAAUAUCUGUCAGUGGAUGCCCAGCGCUGGGAAGAGGUGGACAUUUCAGUGCACUGCGACGUUCACAUCUUUGACUGGUUGAUAAGAUACGUUAAAAGGAACACUAAAGAAUGUGAAAUUGAUGAAAUGCCCACUUUAGAACCGUCAAAUGUCAUAUCCAUUCUUAUUUCUUCUGAGUUUUUGAAGAUGGAUUCAUUAGUAGAAAAAUGUAUUCAUUACUGUCACAAAAACAUGAAUGCUAUUGUAGCCACUCCGUGUAACAUGAAUUGCAUCAAUGCCAAUCUCGUUACUCACAUCGCUGAUCUCUUCACACACAAUGAAGUGGAAGAUCUGAAGGACAAAAGAGACAAAUUUAAGAGUAAACUUUUCUGCAAGAAGAUUGAGAGACUGUUUGAUCCAGAGUACCCAAAUCCAGAUUCUCGAGGAAAUGCAGCAACAUUAUACAGAUGCUGUUUAUGUAAAAAGCUGCUGACUAAAGAAACUGAAAGGAGAAUUUCAUGUGUGCCAGGAAAAAUCAACAUAGAUCAACAUGGGAAUAUUGUUUAUGUUCAUAUAAGGGACAAAACCUGGGAAGUCCAUGAGUAUUUAAUUGGCCUUCAUGAGGAACUGAAAUCUUGGCGGGAUGUUUAUUGGCGUCUUUGGGGGACCGUCAAUUGGUUGAGCUGCUCAAGAUGUAACCAAUCCUUCCUGUGUACUGAAUUCUCCCACUGCCAGUACCAUUCGCAGCCAGUUCUUUAUCCAGGUGUAGCAAGUGCUCUGGGCUCCACUGGGACAGGAAUAUAUCCCUGUUGUAACCAGAAAGUACUUCGAUUUGAUCCUACAACCCUCCCCAAGGGCUGCAAAGUGAGGGAUCACAUGGUUGAUUUACCUUCAGGAAAAGAAGAUGAUGAUGCUUUGCCGUCUCAGACUACUAAGAUACUGAAUGAUCUGCUCCAUCACAGGGAUAUUAUUGUUGUUCCUUUCACUAAGGAUGAGAAUAGUGAUUCUGGUAUUGGGCUCUGUGAUGAAAAAGGCAUUGAAUGUGAUGUGCUUGUAGAACCAAAUACACCGUGGGGUCCCAAAACUGGAGAAAUCAACGCUUUUCUUUCUCUGAAGAACUGGACUUUACAGCUGAAACAGCAGUCAUUGUUAUCUGAAGAAGAGGAGUAUACCACUGGCUCAGAGGUCACUGAAGAUGAAGUGGGGGAUGAAGAAGAAGUGUGCAGGAAACCAGCAGGGAGAAAGGAGAAAUUAAAGAAAACGUAUAAGCACUCAAAGAAAGUGAUUUCUUCACCUAGCAUUCAGAAAAAGGAGAAGCCAUCUGACAAGUCAAGUUCCCGGGAUGCAUCUCCAUUUGUUGUGAGUAUGCAGCAGAACAAAUGGGAUGCCUCGAGGUCACUAAGAUUCAACCAAGAUGCUCAAAGAGAAGAUGAUCAGAGAAGAAUGUCUGAGAUUACAGGGCACUUAAUAAAAAUGAGGCUGGGGGAGCUUGAUCGAGUGAAGUCAAAAGAGAGCAAAGAGUAUGCAGGAGGCAUUUAUUCUAGACUUGAAGCUCAGAUAAAAGCCUCAGCACAGGUCAGUGCACGACAAAGCAACACUGAGAAGAAUGCCAGGUCAAAAUCUCGUUUUGGUCAAGGCCGUCCAACGUAAGGACUCAUGAAAAAACCAUAGCCAGAAUUCCUUACUGCUUCCUGAAACUGUCCUGCACUCUGAUGUACAAAGAAUGCACAUCUCUGAAAGCUUUUCAGUGACUUACUUAUUAUUUUAAGCCCUGUAAAUUAUUUUGUGUGAGAAAUGCAAACCCAAUACGGUCUGUACUUAUUUUAAUUGUAAAUACACUGUUUCUUAAAUUGAAAUGGCUUUUUUUUAUGCUGUUGUGUUAAGUUGCAUAGAAAAUGUUAUGGAUCUACAAAGUUAAAUUAUCAUUCUAACUAUAUUUAUGAGGGGAGACAUAAAUAUGCUUUUAAUAUGCUAGAAAUAGUGAGAAGGGCAAAGCAAGACUACUGAAUCCUGAACAUACUCAGCAGCAUUAACACAAGUCGCCUCAUGCAUUUAUACUGUUAGCAUUUGAUGGUACAUUUUAGGUCAGUCCUCUGGGGAUUUGCAUUUAAAGCCUGUGACGAUACCUGUGUCUUAGAGUAGUUUCAGCCAAGUUUUGCUGCAGUUCUGAGGCUUCCUUCUGUGUAUCACACAGCUCCCACGUGCGUGAAGGUAGGUGGCAGGUAGAGAUAAGACCUCAGAAGAUGACGUCAGUGCCAUGAUGGUGCAGUAUUGCAUCUUGCACGUCACACCCCUGCUUUACCUGUAAGUGAAAUCAAUACUCAUUCCCAUUCUCUGACUCCUCUUGCACAAUACAGUGUUUGGUUCCCUUCUAAUAUCCAAGCCUUAGGACACAAAGCAGUUCUAUCUCUUAAUGAUGCAAGCUUAAUUCUGCAUAUUUUGAUGGAGAUGUAGCAUUAUGAAGACUCGUGCAUGUAGGUCCUUUGGGUCUAGUUGCUUUCUGAAACCUGCCUGAAUAAUACUUUUAAAAAGUCAGAUGCACUUUCAAGUUCUGUAUUUGGAGCAAUAGAAAACAAGUUUGUUCACAUGUGAAACCCAGGGCUACCAAACUGGUAUAACUAGCCUAGAAAAUGUCUCAUUUUAGCAAAGAAAAUAGCAAUAAUGGUGGCUGAUUUCAAGUAAACCCCUUCUGACUUUUAGAAACAGGUAGAAAGAGUGCUCAGGGAAAGCUUAUUCCAGGCCACAGCUGUACAAUAAAUUGUGAGUUAGGAAUUAAGUCAGCAAGAUCCUGUGUGGAAGGGUGGGGUAAAGAGAGGGAGAUGGUUGUUUAAAUGCACUCUUCUCUCCAUUCAGGCCUUUUUUUGUCUUGUUACUUGAGAAUUUUCAGUAGCUGUUAGAAGACUAGGAUAGCAAUACUUGAAAAUAGUGCUUUUGAGGUGGGGGGUUGUUAUGGAAAUGAUUCAAAGUGAGUGUUUGUUAUGUGUCUGUGUUAUAGAAAUUCAGAGAUCAGUGAAACCAUCAGACAAAACUGGGUUUCCAAUGGCUUCAGUUUUGGACAGGAGUGUAACUUUUCAGUGCUUUAAUCACUAUCAAAUAAAUAAGGCUCUUUUAAUGCCUCAGGCCUGUCUGUAGGUAGUGUUGCAGGUUUAAGCACUUCUAGUAAAUGUUGGAAAAUUGACUGUUGUUUGUUGAACGAGGAAGUAUUAUAAAAUCCACUAGGUAGAAGAAUACAGAAGUGUUUUCCUUCAAUUUUGUGACUUCUGGUAGAGGAUUGUUCCAAGUUCCCACGGUAAGCUCUGCUAUGGAAGUUGCAGGCUGCAUGUAUGCAUUUAGUUUUCAUAGAACUACUGACUAGAAGCGGAGGGAAAAUUCUGCUGGCUUUGUUCUGUGGAGAAAUGCCAGUUCUAUGUGCCAGUAUUGUUUUGAGGAUGGAAAAAUAACAUCCAUGAUGUGCAGUCUGUCUUUUGUUUCCCUUUGCCCAACCACCUGGAGUUUUUAUCUUGUAUUCAUUUUGGAAAA